CAUGCAAGAGAAGCCGCGUUUACUUCUAGCUCGCCAUUUUUGGCCGCCCCACCAGUGAAUUUCUGAAGAAAAGAGAGCUUUGAUUCUCUCAAAGCUUUUCAAGCAGCACUUGUCGCGUGUCGCUCCACUCGCGAGGAAAAUUCGAUAGUUUUGUGACCAAAGUACCAAAACCAAAACCACCACCAUGGACGCGAUCAAGAAGAAAAUGCAAGCGAUGAAGCUUGAGAAGGACAAUGCACAGGAUAAAGCAGAUACCUGUGAAGGACAGGCCAAAGAGGCCAAUAUGCGUGCGGAUAAAGUUAUGGAGGAGGUGCAAGAUUUGCAGAAGAAACUUCAACAAGUUGAAUCAGACUUGACGACCAACAAGGCUAAUCUUGAACAAGCCAACAAAGAUUUAGAAGAACGUGAAAAGUCUUUAACUAAUGCUGAAUCUGAGGUAGCUGCAUUAAAUAGGAAAGUUCAAUUGAUUGAAGAAGACCUCGAACGUUCUGAGGAACGUCUCAACACUGCUACUGCCAAGCUUACAGAAGCUUCCCAAGCUGCUGAUGAAUCCAGUCGUAUGUGCAAAGUAUUGGAAAACCGAGCCCAACAAGACGAGGAACGUAUGGAUCAAUUAACGAAUCAACUUAAAGAAGCUCGUUUACUUGCUGAGGAUGCUGACGGAAAAUCUGAUGAAGUAUCUCGCAAACUAGCCUUUGUUGAAGACGAACUUGAAGUUGCUGAAGAUCGUGUGAAAUCAGGAGAGGCAAAGAUCAUGGAGUUGGAAGAAGAACUCAAAGUUGUCGGAAACAGCUUAAAAUCUCUUGAAGUUUCAGAAGAAAAGGCCAACCAAAGAGUCGAAGAAUUCAAACGUCAAUUGAAGACAUUGACUGUCAAACUAAAGGAAGCUGAAGCUCGUGCUGAAUUUGCAGAGAAGACAGUCAAGAAAUUACAGAAAGAAGUUGACAGGCUCGAAGACGAAUUGAGUAACCAGAAGGAAAAACACAAAGCUAUUUGCGACGACUUGGAUUCAACAUUUGCUGAGCUUACUGGCUAUUAAAUAAUUUAUUUACAUUACAAUAUACCUACCUAUUACUAGAAGACAGAAAGACAUCAAUAAUACACUUAACGUGCUUUUUUUCUUUUUUUUCUUAUUCAUUUAUUUUAAUUAUUUAUCUUUGUUGUCAUUUAUUUAUUCAGUUAUUUUUAUUUGCAAUAUCAAAUUCGAAAAAAAAAACCAAAACAUUACUGAACAACUAGAUUACUGUACGUACGUUUUUAGCGACAUAAAAAGAACUUAUUUGCUUCACUGCAACGACCAGCUCAUUUUACAGACGAACUUGGAAUCAACAAAGACAGAUACAAGUCACUUGCAGACGAAAUGGACUCAACUUUCGCCGAAUUGGCUGGAUAUUAAAGAAAAAAUUUUACCAAAUUUCUUUUUUCCUGGUCGAAAGAAAAAAAAAAACAGAACAUGGAAUCGAGGAUUUGUAUCAAUAUACGAGAUUACUUCCUCAAUAUACAGUUCUGGACAAUUUAAA